AUGGCACAUGCAACAGGUGAUGCUUCGUCUCCUCACCUAAUCGAUGGAUCGAGUGGAGAAGAACAGAAUCCACCCGUGAUUCAGAGUGAAGAGAAGUCUGGAGCAGGGAAGGGGACCGGAAGCGAGAGCGACUCAGUCGCUACUGCAGACGAAGGUGGAAAAUUAUCAGCCAAAUCACCGGAGGAUCUUGGAGAAGAGAAUCCGCUUCCCGACGAAGCCCAGGUUGAAUCGGUGGCACAAGAGGAGGUACACGAUGGUGCGAAUGAGCCCGAAGCAGAAAAUAAAGAAAGCCCUCGAGCCGAAACUAAAUCGCAAGAAGCCGAUCAACUGAGGGAGGGUAGAGAAGCCGCAUCGGAGACCCAAAGAGAGGCUGAGCCCGAGGACAACGAAAGGGUGAUUUCUGAGAAUGAAGAAGGAAGAGGUCUGCCAUCUGAGACAGACAAACGGCCAGAGGAGAUGUUGGUUCAGGAGCAAAUCGACGAGGUCAAAAGGAAGCAGAGCUUGGCAAUGGUGACAGUUCCUGCUGCAAAGCGAGCUCAGAAAGAAAAGAAAAGAACCACAUCCGCUGAAGCCUCAGAGCCAAGAGCUGAAUCAACCCCAGCCGCUCCUUGCCUAAAAGCUGAGUCGAGUCACGUCAAACAGAAUAAGAAGAAGGCAAACCUCCGGAGCAAAAAGAGGGUUGUGUCUGAUGACUUAAUCCAGCUGUUCAAGGAUCGUCACAUCUGGUGCGAACGAGUUGUAGAUGUGGACGAAGAAGAUGAAUGGAAGUACCUUGAGGUACUUCGUGAAAGCGGAAUGCGGUGGACGGUGACAGAGCUCGAGCCCUACAUGAGCAAGGUGGUGCGAGAGUUCUAUGCAGGACUACCAUCAGAGUCACCGAGUGAUUCAUCUCAGGUCUUUGUAGUGAGAAUCAGGGAAGCUAAAGUCCGAAUUUCUCCAGGGAUCAUCAACGAGACCUUACGUCGCGAGCCUCUGACUGAAGCAGAAAGAAAAGAGGAGGCUGAGGCAGACCUUGUGCCAAUUUCUGAGGUAUCAAGAUACCUGUCACAAGGGCAUCAGUCGACAUGGUCUGAGUUAACCUCGAGAGAUUUCCCUCCACGGAUAGCUGCACUGAUGGUCAUCGCAUCUUACAACUGGGUCCCAUCAACGAAUAAGCACCACAUCUCCGAGGAACGGGCAAGGUUAGUUUACAAGCUGGCGCACGGAAUCAAUGUUGACUUUGGGCAGAUGAUCUUCCAACAAAUGCUUGAUCUGAGCAAGGUCAUCAAGGGAGAUAGACGAUGGUUGAUGUUUCCCUGUCUCAUCAGCAAGGUCAUCAAGAGGCAACUCAUUCUGCAGCUCGAAGAAGUUACCGAGGAAAAGGCUAAGGAGAAACGGAAGAAAGAGGCAAGAAAUAGGACUGGAUUUGCAUCGACAUAUCGUCCUUCAACCUCGAAUCCGCAUUCAACAACCGCUGCCCAGCUGAACAUACCAACUGGAGGAGUCAACAGCGUGAAUCUGGGAGUGAUUAGAGUGCCUGAGGCUCCAGCCAAUGCAGAGGGAAUCAGGACAGCUCUUGAAGAUGUGGCAUCAGUUCUUGAGCAACUCGGGGUAGUAACGGCCAUGCUACGCACUGCAGUCACAGGUAAACUCACUUAG